UUGCCACCGCAAUAGAAGAAGAGAUCAGCUGAUCAAAACAAACAGGACCUGAUAAACAGCAUCUGUGUUUUCUGCUUCUGAUGUUGAUAAAGCUGGAGGAUUUUGGUCGACGUUUCUGUUCAUGAAUUAAAUUCGGGGCGACAUGAAAGGUUUAUACGGCCGAGCUGCAGAGGGCGACGCUGAGCCCAAGUUUGUAAUUCAGGAAACGACUCUCCCAGAUGUUUUAGGCAGCCAUCAGGUCAGAAUGAAGGUCAAAGCAUGUGGACUCAGCCCUCUAGACUUCAAGUUGAUUCAGGAAGUGGGGAUCCAGAGGGAUUUCGUUCCUGUUGGCAGAGAGGUGGCAGGCGUCGUCCUUCAAGUUGGACCCAAAGUGACCUUCUUUCAACCAGAGGACGAGGUUGUAGGAGUUCUUCCUCUGGACUCACCUUGUUCUGGACUCUGUGAAGUCAUUGACAUAGAUGAGUACUAUAUAGUUCAAAAGCCAGAGAAGCUCAGCUCUUUGUGUGCGGCGGGAGCUCUGCGUGACGGCGUCUGUGCCUACACUGCCCUACACACACACGCCCGCAUGGCAGCUGGACACACACUCCUGGUGAUGGACGGGUCCAGUCCUUUCGGCCUCAUGUGCGUCCAGCUGGCCUGUUACCACGGAGUCAAGGUUCUCACCACGUCACACUCGCCGCAGAAACAGGCCUUCCUGGAGCAGCUUCGGCCCAGCGUAGGCGUUCAAGAUCCUUUAGUAGCCAGAGUCAUUCCGGUGCAUAACGGAUCAUCGGACCUGCUGUCGGUGGUUCUGGAGGAGACGGGAGGACUGGGAGUGGAUAUAGUUGUGGAUUCUGGAGUUUGUCUCCACGGAGACGAAGAGGAGGAGGAUAAGAAAUUACUCCCCCAUAAGCAUGACAUCAUCAGUGUGCUCGGAGUGGGAGGGCAUUGGGUCACCUCCCACAAAAACCUGCAGUUGGAUCCUCCAGACUGCAGGUUACUGCAUUUAAAAUCUGCCUCCGUGUCUUUCCUCAACCCUGAGGUCUGGACGACCUCAUCAGCUCAGCAAGGACGGUACCUCCAUAUUCUAAAAGACAUUGUGGAGAAGAUGUCAGCUGGAGUUCUCAGACCUCAGAUGGAGGAAGCUGUUCCUCUAUAUGAAGCCACAGUUGCCAUGGAGACUGUCCAGCGUCAUCCCAAGAAAAAGGCCGUCGUUCAGCUCUAGGCGAGAAAAAAAACCCUCAUUCAGUUCUGGGUCCAAAUUUUUUACCUACUUCACAGUGGGAAUGAAGUCGUUCAAAAACAGUUUAAAAAUUACACUGACGUCUAAAAGCUCUUUUUUCCAGAGCCGACACUUCAGUGAACUGCACAAUGUUGGAACCCAUUAAGACAGCAGUAUUUCAGCAUUUCUCCAUAUGGAAAUUAAUAAGAAAUAAUAUUAAAUCAAUGUUCUUUUUAACAGAUUCCAAGAAAGAAAUGCAUCUUUUGUUCUGGAUAUUUGUUUAAACUAUGUUGGUAACAUAAUAAAAUUGAAUGUGAAAAAUUAAA